UUUAGACGUACAAAAGUUACUUUGAAUGUUUGGUCUACCAUCUGAAAAAGAAAUGAGCGGACGCAAGAUUGAUUUCUCUAACUGUAACAAGAAUAUUUGGUUGGUUAAGAUUCCUAAAUAUAUAACAGAAAAUUGGUCUAAUUGCGAAAAUGAAGAAGUUGGAAAAAUAACUAUUGAUAAAACAAAAAAAAAUGUCAAGGACGCAAGAACGAAAGGUCCAGAGAUUUCUUUCGUUUCGAAUCCAAAGUUUCUCAAGUCUAAUCAAUCAAAUAAACUAAACACUACUCCUUCUCAACAUAAGGUAUUGAUGAAUGCGGUUUCAAAUAAUACUAUGUUUAUAUCAUCUCAUACAGAAAAGAUAGAUGAAGAUAAUGGUGGACAAAAUACUAUAAACAAUAAAACCAAACUUUUUACAGAUUAUGAUAAUAAUAGCAUGAAUUCUAUAUAUUCAAUAGAAGGAAAAGUCAGUCAAAGACUUGAAUUUAGACCAUCAGUUAGCUCAAAAGAUUAUAUGAAUCUUAAAAAGCAACAAUUUGCACAAAAAAAUCAACCAAUCCACGUGCUUAAACAGCUAGAUAAACACGUUCAAAAUUACAAACCCAUAUCGAGGACUGCCUUGCAUGGACCUAGAGGAGGCGACCCUUUCGCCUCAACCAACGACGCUCCAUCGAAUUACAAAAAAGUCAGGAUAGAAAAGGAGAGGUUGAUGGAAAUUUUAUUUACCGCUUUCGAAAAACAUCAGUAUUAUAGUCUCAAGGAUUUGGUCAAGAUUUCGGAACAACCCGUGACUUACAUUAAAGAAGUUCUCAAAGAAAUUUGCGAUUACAACCUUAAAAAUCCGCACAAGAAUAUGUGGGAACUCAAACCCGAAUAUCGGCAUUACGCUGCAACCGAAUGAUAUAAAAAUUUGACAUUUAUAGUAUAAAAGUUGGAUUUAGAUGUUUAUAACUAAGUGGCAACUCGAUGUAUUAUAUUGGACAUAUUAUCGUGAAAAAUUAAACAUUAUAUUUAUAUUAUAUGGAUGAAUAUGUUUGUUGUUUAUAUUUAUAAUAAAAAAAAUUUGU